CGACUCGUCGCGAUUCAAGGUCCGCGGUGUAGCGAUCCGUGCUCGUGGAAUGCCGGAUUUCCAGUUUGGCUGGCGCGAGCGACAAAGAGGAAGACGACCCCGCAUCGAAGAUCGUCGAAGAGAGGAAGAAGGCGGUGACGAUAGGAGGCAAUCACGCAGAAGCUCGCGGUCAGCAGCAGCGAGCGCAGUCAGUGAGUCCUCGCGAACCGUUGCCGCUCGUUUGCAGCCAUCGAUUCUAUGCAAACGUUGCGCGGGUCUUUCACGAUCCACCGGUGAACAGUGAAACGCUUCGAGUAUCGUACGUUCGCAGGAUUGUUAGAAAAUACCCGAUAGGUCGGUCGACCGUACAAGUUGUCUCCGAGAUGUUCAAGCUCACGGUAAUCGUCCUCGCCUUUUUGAACGGAAUGCUUAGCGACGUGGCGUCCGUCACCGGCGAAACUUACGACUCAGGUCGCUCGUCCGCGGACUCCGUGCAGUGCCAAAACAAUUACGACGCGGACAAGCAGUCGUUUUUCGUUAACGGCCGGCAACGCGGUACUCCGAACGACGCGAAGAUGAAAGAAGGGUACACCAUCACGCGCGGCAUCGGAGCUCACAAGCUGUUUAACAAGAGGCUCAAGUGGAACGCGGCUCGCCAGACCUGCAUGAGAGACGGAGGUUACUUGGCUAUUAUAAACUCGGUGGCCGAGGAGAGCGUGCUGCUGCGAUAUAUGGAGCAGCAGAACAUCGCGGAAGCCUGGCUAGGUAUACACGAUCUAUUCGAAGAGGGAGACUGGGUGACUCUUACGGGCGAGUCGCUGGAAGAAGCUGGCUUCGACAAAUGGACCACGGCGUUCGCGAACGAGCCCGACAAUUACGGAGGGAACCAGAACUGUGGAGUCCUCGUAAAAGCCAGCGGCCUCGACGACGUCGUGUGUACUCUGCACCACUUCUACAUCUGCGAGAUCGACGUCGUCUGAGCUCGUCGGCUCCACCCAUGCGCGCGAUUAUUUUAAUUGGUUUAAUAAACUU